UAUAAAACGGCAGUUUAUAUAUCACGACCUCACUCCACUGUCACUAACGUCUAAUUUCUUGCUCAGCUCAAUUCAUUUCCAGGGGAGUGAAUAUCCAAGAGAAAGGAAAAGAAAGAACAUUCUGUAAAAAAAAUGAAGAAAAACAAGAAUAUACCUCGUCUAUUCUUCAUCUUUGUUAUGAUAGCUGCCUUCACUAUGUUUACCAUGAUUUCAGUAGACGCAAGAAAGCAUCAUCACAACAAGAAAAGCAAAUCCCACAAGCACAUCAAGGAUAGGAGUGGCAAUGGCAACAAUGCUCCAGAUUCAGCUACUGUUCCAAGCCCAGCACCAGCUCCUCUUCCUCACUAUGGUUACUCUUAUCCUACCCAAUCCAAUAUUUUUGAUGUUCUGUCAUUUGGAGCCAAAGGUGAUGGAGUAUCUGAUGACUCUAAGGCACUUCUAGCUGCAUGGAAAGCAGCUUGCAAGGUACCUGGAGCUACAGUAGAAAUACCAGCAGAAUUCAAGUUUCUUAUCAAGCCUAUUACUCUUCAAGGUCCAUGUAUGCCUCACCUUGUUCUUCAGAUUGAUGGAACUGUCUUAGCUCCUCCAGAAGUAGGCUCUUGGCCUAAAUCCAGCCUGUUUCAGUGGUUCAACUUCAAAUGGGUCCAUGACUUCACAAUUCAAGGCACUGGCUCUGUCAAUGGCCAAGGAUUUUAUUGGUGGACUCCCUCUAACGUCUAUUUUAUUCAGAAGAGAUUCAAGCAUAUUCCUGACAUGAAACCAACGGCUUUGAGAUUCUAUGCUAGUUAUAAUGUUACAGUUCGUAAUAUUGAAAUCAUAAACAGCCCUCAAUGCCAUCUCAAAUUCGAUAACUCUAAAGGGAUAAAGGUCAAUAACAUCACAAUUUCCUCGCCAGAGAAUAGUCCAAAUACUGAUGGUAUUCACUUGCAAAAUACACAAGAUGUAGAAAUUCAGCAUUCUAAUAUUGGAACUGGAGAUGACUGUAUAUCCAUACAAACUGGUUGCUCUAAUAUCCAUGUUCAUCAUAUUAACUGUGGUCCAGGACAUGGUAUAAGCUUAGGAGGACUAGGGAAAGAUAAAAGUGUGGCAUGUGUCUCCAAUAUUGUUGUGGAGAAAAUCUCACUGCAUAAUACCUUAGCUGGAGCUAGAAUUAAGACAUGGCAGGGAGGCCUGGGAUCGGUAAAGAAUGUAUCAUUUUCCAAUAUCCAAGUAUCAGAUGUUAAGUAUCCUAUAAUAAUUGAUCAGUUUUAUUGUGACAAGCAUAUCUGCAAGAACCAAACAGAAGCUGUGGCCAUAUCUGGUGUUAAAUUUGAUCAAAUAAUUGGAAGUUACAUAACACAGCCUAUUCAUUUAGCGUGUAGCAAAGACGUGCCCUGUAUAGAUGUUGACCUAAUUGACAUUCAGUUGAAACCUUCUCCAGGAUACCGAAGUUUUCGACAGGCUUUAUGUUGGAAUUCAUAUGGGAAAUCACAGGCACCCCUUGUUCCUUCAAGCAUAGACUAUUGCCUAAAGAGGGAUAGUGGCUGGAUCAAGAGAGUAGCAAGGUCACAUGAGAAUUUAUGCUAGCUACUCAACACUCAUAAAUUUGUAGCAUCUUUUAUCCUUUUCUUGUAUUUGUUUCCCUUAGAUGCUUCCCUUCUGCAAUUUUUUUUUUUUUAAAUGUGGGAAGGUGAUGAAUUGUAGAUUUUUGUUUUCUUCUAUGUUAUUUAGUUGUUAUUGUUUUAGUGAGACUUGGGAUUCGAGAGAAAUAAAUUAAUCUUUUUUUAAAAGGAAGUUUUUGGAUAUUUUUAAAAUAUUAUAAGUUACGAAAUCUUUUAACUAGUAACGGUGCAUAUCUCCAUCUAUAUAUUAAAUUUAUAUAUAAUUAAUACAUAUUUAUUAAUUUUGAAUAAUAAAAUAUGUUAACACAUUUAAAAAUACAUUACAUUUCAAAUAUCUUCAAAAAAAAUUCUCAAAGAAAUGGGACAACUUUUUAUGAUACUACAGUCACUGAAUUAAUGAAGCACUCAAUUUGGAUACAAAUAGUUUCUCCGACUGUGACCAUUAAAACUAAACAAACAUGAGCGGCCUGUAAUAAUAAAAAAAGAAAAAGUCACAAAAACUUAUGAUUCCCAAGAACAGGAAAAGGAAAGAUACUUCUACAACAUUCUACAAUGCAUAGAGUAUAUAAUAUCUUUAUUCUGAAAAAGAGGCACGUAAAGAUUUCUGCAAUGCCAGAUUAAUCUUAGUUUAUGUUAAAAGAACUAAAGAUAGCAGUAAAAACCACAUCAGAUAUCCAACCAUAGAAUACUUUUCUUGUACUUAUAGGAUUCCAUAUUCUCUUGCAACAAUUAAAGUUGUACUAACU